UGCGACGGACUUUUGCGACGGACUCCAUGUCCGUCGCAAAAAUCACAUAUUUACGACGGAUUUGGCGACAGAAGAGCAAUCUGUCGCCAAAAUCAUUGAAAACUUUGGCGGGACGGUGCCCGCCAAUUUAGCGACGGAAUGUCCGUCGUUAAGCCGUCGCUAAAUUGGCGGGAUUUUGGAGGGAAUAAUUAGCGCCAAUAAUUUAGCGACGGAAAUAUAAUUCCGUCGCUAAAAAGUGACGUUUUUAAAACUCUGCGUUUUGGGUGGCUCAUUUAGCGACGGAUUUCAUUCGUCCGUCGCUAAAUGACCAGCCCAAAACGCACCGUUUAAAUUAACUCAAUUUUUGCGACGGACUGUAUAAUCCGUCGCUAAAAUUGAGUUAAUUAAACCUGCGCCCGAACCCUUCCUCUUCCUCUCUUCCUCUCUUUUCUUUUCCGGCGCCCGAACCCUUCCUCUCCUUCUCAGAUUUUCUGUCUUCCUCUUCCUCUCUUCCUCUAUUUUCCGGCGCCCAUUCUCCUUGCUCCUCCGUCAUCCCGUCAACCCAUUCUCCUUUCUCCUCCGUCAUCCAUUUUUCGCCGCUCCUCUCACCGGCGCCGCUCCUCUCCACUGCCGCUCCUCUCCACUGCCGCUCCUCUCCACUGCCGCUCCUCUCCACCGCUGUCAGGCCGAUUCUCAACCAUUCCCGCUGCCUGAAACGCCGUCCUGCUGCUGCCGCUGGUCCGACUCGCUUGCUGCCUCCGGCGCCGUCCUGCUGCUGCUUCGUGAGGUUAAUUUGAUAGCCGUCCAUUUUUUGCAUCGGUCCGACAUUUUACAUCUUUCGUUAUCUAUUGCGGUUCUGCUCUGCAACAAGUAAGUACUAUGAUUUUUUUUAUUUAGUAGUUAAAUUACAAAUUUCAACCUAAUUUGACCGCGAUUUUAUUCCCACCGAAUAAAAUCGCAAACCUAGCCUUAGAGUUCCCGUCUCGUGUGUUCAAGAGAUUGAACGACACGGGAUUGUACAGUUUGUACAGUUUGCAAAACUGGUCCUCCCGUAACUCGGUCACGAAAACCAUAUAUGUCUAGUAGCGGUAGAAAAAUAUUUGGUUGUUUUCCAGCGUUUGUUCUCCGGGUGGAUGUAUAGUAUAUGUUUUGUAACGCUUAUUCCUCGCGGAAUAUAUAAUUAGCGUUACAGCGCAUAUACUAAAUAUCGCACUGAAGGAGAACGACGCCGGAAGGCUGCCGAAUAUUUUUCUCCGUUGCUAGGCAUAUAUCGUGGCCGAGUUAAGGGGAGCCAGUUUUGCGAAUGGGAUAGGUCCACACCUUUAAAGCAGUCAAUUACAUUGACUUUGCUAUUCUCGAGCGAAAACCCUCCUAAUUAUCCGUGCUACAGAAAUGGAUACAGACCGAAGUUGGAUGUAUAGGCGGCUCCAGGGCGGGUUGCUGUACCCUGGUUUUGAGGAGCGCGUCCAAGAGUUUGUAAAUUUCGCUUUACGCCAUCCAGCGUGUAUGAGCGGGCCCGAUAUUAAAUGCCCUUGCCCUAGGGUGGGAUGUAAAAAUACGAGUUACCGAGAUGUCGAAACAGUGAAGCUCCACAUUUUGCAGAAAGGGUUUGUUAAAGAUUAUCAAGUUUGGGUUUUUCAUGGGGAGGGAAAUGUUUUAAAUCCCCGUCCUGUUACACAACUGCCGGAGUGUGACGUUGACAUGGAAUAUGAGGGGGGUGACGAGUUCAGCUCAGUUCAGAGAAUGGUUAUUGAUGCUGCGGGUCCAGAAGUAGUGUUCACGGAGGAGGAGCCGAAUAAUGAAGCUAAACAUUUUUAUGAUAUGAUGCGUGCGGCCGAAGAACCUGUAUGCCCCGGUAAUAGCAAACAUUCUCCCUUGUCUGCAGCUGCUAAAAUGUUGGACAUCAAAUGUCGACAUAGUGGGUCAGUAGCUUUAGUAGAUGAUGUGACCGAAUUUAUACAAGAGCUGCUCCCAGAGGACAACAAGAUGCCAAAGAACUUUGCUGAAAUAAAGAAGAUAGUCAGAGGUCUUGGGUUGCCGGUUGAAGUUAUCGAUUGCUGUUUCCGCAAUUGCAUGAUUUAUUGGGGGUCAGACGCGGAGUUAACGCGAUGCAAAAUUUGCGAUCACGAACGGUGGAAACCGCCCCCUAAAGGAAAUUCUGUGAAAAGACGAGUUAACGUCCCUUAUAGGAAAAUGUUUUAUUUUCCUAUAACUCCGAGACUGCAGAGGUUGUACGCUUCUAAAGCCACCGCCAAGCAUAUGACGUGGCACGCAGAACACGAAAUGGUUGAUGGAAAGAUGUGUCACCCGUCAGACUCCCCGGCGUGGAAACAUUUCAGUGAAUUGCAUACAGAGUUUGCGGCAGAAGUUCGAAAUAUCAGACUGGCAGAGUAUCGGCCACAGCGCCCACCUACCCCACCAGACGAUGACGACACUCCAGCUUUGUAG